AAUAUCUGUAUAAGUAUGGCUGCUUCCAUUCGGGAUGUUUGCAGAAAAAAUCCUGACAGGGGUGUGGACCUGAUCCUGUCUGUUUCAACUUGCAUUGAGAGCCAAGAUCCUACGAUUCAAGCUCUUGGUUUUGAAAGCCUUUCCCAUCUUUGUGAGGCUGACGUGAUUGAUUUCUAUUCUGCUUGGGAUGUUAUCUCAAACAAUGUGCUGGACUCCUCAGGAAACCCACAAGUUGCUCGCUGUGCAUGUCUUCUUUUAAGAUGGGGUGCAGUGGAUGCUGAAGCAUACCCUGAAGCUGCGAGAAAUGUUUUGCAAAUAUUGUGGGAUGUUGGAACCUCCAGACAUUCUGGUCAUGGGUCUCUAUGGGCAAAGGCCCGGGUCUCUGCUUACAAUGCAUUAACUCAUUAUGAGGUAGUACACAUUCAAAAAAGCAUUCCAGAUUUUAAGAAAAGGAACAUGGAACUGCUUACUUCUGAGACUGAUCCUGAAGUACUAAGGGCCAUGGAAGUAUUUGAAGUCAAGAUUAUUAGAUAUGAGCACAUCACACGGCGCAGAUUUGUAAAGGAGAAAAGAGUCGCUGUAAACAAGAUUGAGAAGUUGCUAGAUGUUUUCCCUCAGGUUAUUUUUGCUUCAGGAAAUACCACUGGAGCUAGUCAGUUACCUGGCGCAGCUCUGUUUUGCCUUUCUUUGACUCCUAAAGACAUGACCAAGGGGCAGCAAAAAGUUGAGGGACUGCAAGACGUACAUGCUAAAUACGAGAAUGCACUUGUGGAGAUAGCUGCAUCUUUGCAGCUCUCGAGAAACAUCCUGAUUGCACUUCUUUCACUGCAAUCUUGGAAACCCUUCAUGCAACGUUGGUUGAGGGCUUGUGUCACCUUCCUUGAUGCUAAGGCGCCAUCCACUGUGUUGGAUAAAACAUCUAAAGCUGCUAAUGGUAUUCUGAAGAUAAUAAAACGGCUUGCAGAGGAAUCAAUUCCUAGAUCUGCAGAAAACAUUACACUAGCUUUGGGUGCGCUUUGUGAGAGGGCCAAAGUGCUUUGGUAUUGCGCCGUCUUUGCAACUUUUGGGUUUUAUGGUUGGAAAGGAAUGCAUGUGUUUUUGAAGAUAAACCUCGGGCGGUGGAUGUUUUGUGGGAUAAAGUUUGUUUUGUGGGAUAAAGUUUGUCACUUAACUUUAUUUUGGGCUUCAGUGAAUUCUCUUUUUUUGGGGAUUGCACUGUUUUUGCUAGUUGGAGAUUAGUUGUCGGUAUGUGACAUGUAGAGUUCUAUUGUUUGUAGUCGUUGGUUUUGGGUUAUGUUUUUUUUCCUUUAUUUUUCUUUCUUGUAGAGGAUGCCUUAUCCUCAUUUCUUAUUUUUGAUUAAUCAAUACAAUU